AACAAAAUGGCGACCGACGUGGCAGGACACCGGUGGAAGUUGACGAUUUAUUUUGUAUUAUUUAUGUUAAUCGCUACGCUCGCAAGCUGUGCAAAAGAUGCGAAAACGAAUUCGGGUAAAAAAGGAAACAAAAGAAAUCUAAACAUCGCAAGCGAUACCAGAUUCCUCCUUUACGAUUGUAACCCUGGUGAAGGUUUUAAUUUACGCAGAGAUGUCUACAUUCGUAUUGCGAACCUUGUGAAAAAACUCAAUACAAUUGAACCAUGGACCCUCGUUCUGCCACCAUGGGGACGAUUAUACCAUUGGAAAUCAAACGUUGAACAGAUGAAGAUUCCCUGGAGCCUAUUUUUCGACAUAGAGAGUUUAAAUGCCCACAUUCCAGUCAUAGAGAUGGAGGAAUAUAUCUCAGUCAUAGGAAAACCAGAAGUUGAAGAAAUGUAUUACCUACAAAGAUUUAAAGAAGGCUGGAAUGGUGGCAAAUGGGAAGAAAAAUUGGAAAGAAGAGAAUGUCUCGAGAACUGGGGAUAUGCACUAGGUGAUGACAAUAACUGGCACGGCUGGUUCUGGGGGUACAACAAAUUCUCCGCAAAACAUUUUGAAUGCCUCUCAGUCCAGAUGGAGGCCUGUAGCAUGACCACUUUCCUUACCAAAGAAACUCGGGCAAAAUCGGUGAUGCUACACCGAGGAGAGCAGCUAAUUCAUGGUGCAUUUGAUUCAUGGUCAUCUGAAUGGUGGUCGGCACGUCGCAGUUUACGAUUCGCAAAACAUUUACGAGAAGUAGCAGCAGAUUUCAGGGCUAAGUUUCUCGAUUCUAACGAUGAGAAAGAUAAUACUUUAUUUGAGGAUGAUUGGCGGGGAAUGUAUCGAAAGCCUGGUGAAGCCAAAGGCGGACCUUACGUUGCGGUUCAUUUGCGUCGCCGUGACUUCUUGUACAGUCACGAAAAGGAAGUACCAUCUAUUGAAGAAUCUGCCAAUCAACUUGAAAAAAUUCUCGAUGAACAAAGGGUGACAAAAUUAUUUGUUGCAAGUGAUAUGCCACGAUCUGAGUACGAUGAACUUAAACAUCAUUUAAAUGGCUACCAAGUUCAUCGUUUCAUACCUGAUUCUGAUUUGCUUGAUUUAUACAAAGAUGGCGGAAUAGCGAUAAUUGAUCAAAUCAUAUGCUCGCAUGCCAAAUAUUUCGUAGGAACAUCUGUUUCAACAUUUUCAUUCAGAAUCCAUGAAGAACGUCAAAUAUUAGGCUUUAACCCUGAUAUGACCUAUAAUAGACUUUGUGGAAAAGAGGAAGGAAAAUGUGACCAACCGUCAUCUUGGCCCGUGAAAUAUCCAACCAAUAAUAAACAUACAGAGCUUUAACCCUUUGAAUACCAUAGCGUAACUCAAUUUUUGCUUAUUUUGCCAAUACUAUCUCAAUAUAUAUGCAAUAUUUCAUGUUCAUCUCGAUAAUAUUAUUAUGUAGACCAAUCUUACAUUAUAUUUUUUCUGUUUGAGCUG